CUGAUGUUUACCGGGCUUCUUAACUAUUUCUCUCUAUCAGCUAUUGUCAUCCUUGUCUCUGUGUGUCUUAAGGGCCUCCUUACACUUAAGUGAAGCUUACCUGAUCUCUGUUUGUCUCCCCAGUCCUUGGAUGCCUCCAGGAAUAAAACUUGGAAACGAGGGUCACCUGGGUGAUUUUAUCGAUGGCCUGGGUCCGGCCCAGAUUGUAGGACGGCAAGUCCUCGCCUCACCCUCCAUGGGGGACAUUCAACUAGCGCUGUAUAACAGAAAAGGAAUGUUAGAAGUGGAGGUUAUACGAGCCAAGGGUUUGUUACCAAAACCUGGCUCAAAAAUUCUACCAGCGCCCUAUGUAAAAGUGUAUGUGAUGGAAGGCAAGCGCUGCUUGGUAAAGAAGAAAACUCGAACGGCGAGAAGAACGUUAGAACCUUUAUAUCAGCAACAAUUAGAGUUCAAGGUAGAAUUCACUGGCAAGACACUUCAGGUGAUUGUUUGGGGAGAUUAUGGACGUAUGGACCGUAAAGUCUUCAUGGGUGUUGUCCAAAUUUUACUCGACGAGUUAGACCUUAGUAACCUAGUUAUCGGUUGGUACAAACUGUUUUCUACUUCAUCCAUGUGCGACCCACCCCUCCCAUCAUCUUCCUCCCCUCUCGGUGGCUCACCGAAAAAAUCCCCUGGACCCUCCCCACGGUCGUCAAUGAAUCAAGGCGUGGCCAGUCCAAUGCGAGGGGCUUCACCUCUACCCACCAUCAUACCGCCACCAGGCCACAUGCAUAAUAUGGACGAGGAGGGGGACUAUGUAUGAGUUAGACAAUUGUUAUUACAAAACGCUCUGGAUUCUGCCUGGAGUCUGCUCGAGAGGAAUUCUGGGAAUUCGACUUAAAAAAUUGACACAAUGGCAAGCUCGCUUGAACGAGGAGAGCUUAUUAAAGAAUAUACGAUAGAGAAUGUUUUUGACUUCGGAAACGCUUCAGCUGAGAGACUGGAUAUUAUCCAUUUAAAACAGUGAAAGACUAUGUUCUAGAUUCUGCCGGACGACAGGAUGCGCUCGGCCCAGGCUGCCAGCUGAUUCAUUAUAAUAUGAACAACGCAAUGAUACGGACGAGGACUAGUUAAUUAACGACUUUCUUAACUUGAAAUUUAAGAGCAACUAAGAGAGGAAACAUGGGGAACUAAAUAACGUGAUAAGCGACACGAACGUAAAAUGGUUAUUCUGAGAUAUCAAAUCGCUCCAUCGCUGAGUCUUGUUCCAGUAACUUUGGUAAUAUUAAGUCAAAUUUAUUUGAGAAUUUAAGGAAAGGAGGCAGGUUCUUCUGGUCAGAUAUUAAGACGAAUGAAAGCGUUAUUGAUUGAUUGAACGCGAAGCAUUGUUUAGUUGUGCUUUACUACUUUUUAAACACAGCGGGAACCGCGCUAUGUAAUUAGUCAGAAAGUGUAGGCCAUUGGGUUAGUGUUGUUGAUCAAGGUAUCAAUGAUAAACUCGCGACUGCGCUGUUAGAAGCAUAGAUGACCUGAAGCUCUGUUUAGGUGACUAUGAUUUACAAUCAAACUGAAGGAAUACUCUUUUAGAAACCAAUUCUGCAAGAGUUUAGCUGGUAGAGAUACGUCCCUAAAUAGACUGAGGUCUUCAAGUAAUCAGUGGUAAGUCCAUCGAAAAUAAAAGAAAAAUAUAUAAAAUUGCGUCCCCAACCCCCACCCCAGCCCCAUGAAGAAGACUUUGCGGCUAGGAAAACAGAACUUUACAAUUUUAGUUAAAAAAAAAAAGAGAAUUGGAAUCAUUUUAUUUAAACAGCAUUUGGCUAUUAUCGACCGAUGUAAGGAUACAUAAGGAGAUAAAAGGAUGUAGAUGUAUUAAGAUUAAUUUAACUUAUCUCAACACAAGCUUUUGUUGCUGGCAAUUUCGACAAGAGUAAGUUUCUUUCCAUUAAAGAGAGUGUCAUAUUUAUUUAUAAGGAAAGAUUUAUUUAGAAACUUAGAGAAAAUACUAUAUAGGAUUGCAUUACUGUUGUGCAAAUAUUAAGUAUUUAUUGCUAUUAUUUAAAUGUUGGGGAAUUUAAUUCUUUUCAAAGGAACUAGUAUUUAUGCUCUCUUUAAAGCUUUAAGUAGACCUUUCGCAAGAAGUGAAAUAAAUUUUAGAGGCCCUGACGAGCAA